AUGAGAUCUCCUAAUGACAAUGCAGAGCAAUUUCUCAAUGACACAGUCAAAGAACUGCAGACACAACAUCAGAAUGAAAUCAGUAAAAUUGAAGAAGAGCACUGCAGAGUUAUCAAAGAAAUUGAAGAGAACCACAGAAACCAGUUUGAAAAUUGCAAACAGGAAAUGGAGUCUCAAAUAGAAAGCUUGAAAGAACAUAAUUCCUCUCUCCAGAGUGCUUUCAAUUCAUACCGAGCUACUCUUCUAGAAGAAAUGGAAAAAGAAUGGUCUUAUAAGCAGCAAGAGCACGAUAAGAAGUUAGAGGCAGAAUUUCAAGAGCAAAUCAAUGCUUUGCGAGAACGUCUUGAGAAAGAAAAGGAGUCAGCAAUUGAUAAUUUGAUGAAAGAACAUCGUGAGCAAGAAGAGCAAAUGAAAAAGGAACAUGAAGAAAAACUGGAGUCAAUGGCACAAUACUAUCACAAUGUGAUGCAAGAAUUAAAAGAAAUGAAUUCUCUGAGACAUAAACUGAAAAAUACGCAGAUGGAACUUGAAUUCUUAAAAGAUUCUCAUGCUGACCUUCAAAAGCAUUUUAACAACAUGAAUAAGGAAUUUACCAAUACUCGAGGACAGUUGAAAGCUUUUGAAGAUAAUUUUGACAAAAAAGUUGAUGAAGUUGAUGACCGUUAUAAGCUGAAAAUCAAUAACCUCUUGAUGAUGAAUUCAGAGCUUCGGACAACAUUUCGAAAGAAAUGUGAAGAAUUAGCAACUGAGAAAUACUGUGCAAGCCAACGCCAGGAAGUUAAUAUUAAAAAGAUCAAGGACACAAUAGAGAGUUGCCGACAGAAGAAAACAGAGAUUCCCAACGUUCCUGGUUUCCAAAUUCCAUCUCAACCAGCCGACAAAGAAACUGCUGUUGAAACUACGACAGACUCUGCAAAAGACUACCAUCAGUUACUAGACAAAGAUUUCUUCAAAUGGACUGACAUAGUUAAAUCGCUUAAUUAAUUUAUUGCUUGGUUAAUCUUUUGACUAUGUUCAUUUCAAUAAUACUACUCUCUUAACACUUUUUUUUUUACAGUUUUUCCAUGCAAUCAGGAGUGGAUUAAGCCUUUAGAUUUCAGAUUAUUCGGUCAAAUGUAAUAAUUAUUUAGAUUGUUUUGAGUUAAUCAUAUAUUAUCUCCUGGCUUCAAGAUUUUGAUGAUGCUAUUUUUUUUGUUUUUAGAAUGACAUUGUAGGGUAGGUGUGAAAUGUUAGAUCUGGCCAGUUUGAACAUAAGUGAGGCAAAAUAUUUUGGCUGGAUAUGGCUGGCUUAAAUGCUAAAGGGUUUUCAAAAAUUUACAAAAGAGAAGUUAGUUCCCAUAUCCGUUGUAAAUUUGCAAAAUGCAAAAAUUGCAAAUUGACAGACAUGUUGGCAAGACAGCUAUUAUGCUAAAAUGAUGAAUUGUCAACAUCAGGAGUAUUUCAAAAUAUGAUGGAAUAUUUACUCUUUGGCCUGGAUUUAGUUUAAAAAUAGAAUAUGUGAUGGCCAAUAAUGUAAUGGUCUUCCAACUUUAAGGAAAAAGUGAGGCACAGGUUUUCCCUUGGAGGACAAUUGUAGGAGGCAACAGAUAGUUGAAAUCAUGUAAAGGAUUUCAUUUACUUGAUUCUCUGAUUUGCAUUUGUGAUUAAUAACAAAAGUUUAAACUGCAUGAGUGCCAGAUAACUUCAAAAGUUCAAUAUGUGCAAGUUUUUGUGUUAAGUUUUUGAAAUUCAGGAACAGAAAGAUAAGGAGAUCAGAUAAGUUUAUUUUGGGUUAUAUUUUGAUUAAAGAAUUCAUCAUCAUCAUCAUCGUUUAACAUCCGCUUUCCAUGCUAGCAUGGGUUGGACGAUUUGACUGAGGACUGGUGCAACCGGAUGGCUACACCAGGCUCCACAUUUUAAUUUCCACUUUCCCAUGCUUGCAUGAGUUGGAUGGAGUUGAAUUUGAGUGAAUUUUUUUAUGGUUAGAUGCUCUUCCUGUUGCCAACAUUCACCUGUUUCGAAGCAAGGUAAUAUUUCUUCAUGGUCAGACAUGUUCUCAUAGGAUACCGGAAAUGAAUGAUACUGCUUUUAUGACAGUGACAAUCAAUUUACAAUUAUCACAUGAUAUCAAGACAAGGAGACACAAAUAUACACACACUCACAUACACAUGUAUAUACAAGCUUCUUUCAGUUUCACUCACAAGGCUUUGAUUGGCCCAAGGCUAUAGUAGAAGACACUUACCCAAGGUGCCAUGCAGUGAGACUGAACCUAUACCCUUGUGGUUGGGAAGUGGACUUCUUACCAUACAGCCAUGCUUAGGCCUGUCUGUGAUGGUUGAUAAUUAGUGAGGAUUUUCAUUAACUAGAAAUCAUCAAUAUUUGUUCUAAUAACACUUUUAGUUUUCCAUUUUCUCAAUAUCACACCAAGAUAAUUAUCUACAUUCUCCUCACCACUGAAAAUUCCUGAUAACAUAUGAAUCCUAUAAUCUUUUCAACUUAUCUAAAGCCAUUUUAUAUUUCACUUAGUCACUUCUAUUUUAAUUUUCCUUCUGCAUUUUUAAUAUAAGUUUCUUACACAACCAAAUACUUCAAGGUUUGAUCCCCACUGUGACACCGUAGGCAAAUGUAUAUAGAGAUGUACACAUCCACUUCUAAGCUAUUGGUCCAUGUGAAAUUACAGAAGCUUGGUAUGUGUGUCUGUCUGUGUUUUCUGUAUUCAUGCUUACACUAGACAAAAAACUGUUGUUGUUUAUGCUUUACAGUUUAUAUCCUGUAACUUAGCAGGUUGACAAAUAGCAACCACUAACACAUAUACUUGACUGAAAUAAGAACUGGGUCAAUAUAAUCAACUAAAACCACUUAAAGAGGGCACAGUCCAAUAACUGAAACUAGAAAAAGAAAAAAGUUUUUUAAAACUUUUUAUACUUUGAAAAAACUUCUGGAAAUAAAAAUAAUUUAAAUAGAAUAAUUAAAUAAAAUAAAAAAUAAAAAUAAAAAAUCUUUUUAUUAUAUCAAAUAAUUCUUUUAUUUGAUUUAUUGGAAUAAAAAUGAAAACAUAUUUAAAAUUU